AGUGCAGCAAUAAUACACCUUGUCCUAUUGAGAAGCAAGAUUUUAUAAAAGCUAAAUAUUGUGAAUUAUAUUAGUAUGGCUAGCAUUCUUAUGGUUCCUUGGCAACCUUUAUUAGUACUAAAAAAGAAGCAUAGUGAUUUCCAUACAAAAAGACCAUCAUACUCAUUGAUUAAGAAUGAAAGGACUUCAUCAUUCAAUUAUAAAAGCACUCUUAAUGUUCCAUUUUAUGAAUUGCCAGGGGCUUCUUUUGAUCAAUAUAUGGAUGACAAGGUUAGAGUAGUCAGAGCAGUUUUUCCUGACAAAGGAAAAACUAAACAGCUCAAUGAGGAAGAAUGGAGAAUUAAUAUGCCUCCAAUUCAAUGCUUAUUCUUGAAUGUUCAGCCAACAGCUGAUGUCAAGUUAAUAUUUAAGUCUAAUGGUGAAGAUUAUCCUCCUAACAUUCCUCAUCACAUUAGCAAAAUUCUUGAGCUUCACUUUAUAAGGUGGGAGCUACGAGGCCUUAAUGCAUUUUACAAUGAUCCUUACCAUUUUAGCUUAGAUGUGAGAGGAACUAUAUAUCCAGAAAGAAGGGGAAAACAUAGCUGGCUCAAGAAUCAAAUGGAGAUGAAUAUAAGCUUUAUUGUUUCUCCUACAAUGAUUUUUGUUCCUGAACAUGUUUUACAAGAUGCAUUAGAGUUGGUUUUCCAAACAUUAUGGAAAGAAAUGAAGCAUGAAUUGCAUGGUAGAUUAUUGGCAGAUUAUAACAAUUUCAAGAGGUACAACAAAUCCAACAAGAAUUCACUCUAAACAUAAUGUUGACAACUUGGAGGAUAUAUUUUCAGCUAAUUGAAUUAAUGGAAAAUAAUGUCAUACAUUUUUCAACUGCAAAUUAGUCCUUCUGAAAUUAACUGUCACGAAUUCUUUGAAUAGAAAAUAAAAAAUAUGAUUCUGUUAUUUCAUCUCUAUGUAUUUUGUUUACACAGUGCUCUUAGAAAUAAUUAUUAGAUGUAGUUUUUCUAUUUUCAACA